AUGGCCGCCAAGCUCCUGUCGCUCCUCGCGUUGAGAGGAGGCAUCUUCUCGCGGGACCAAUCGAUCGAGCCCGUGUGCAGAGAUCGGUUGGCAGAGGCGACGUGUGCGAAGGACCUUGCAGCCGCAGUCCCGAACGCUGUCAAUGGCUCCGCUUCUGUUGCCUCCUCGCAGGCGCUGGUCGAUGCGUGGGAACUCGUGAUGUCUACCUCGCAGGCAGAUAUUGCGGUGAUCUCUGGGAACGAUGUUGCGGUGGGGCGUUACCUCCCUUGCGCCUCCUCGCAGGGAUCGUCAGCCACGCUCGACGCCGUUGCUUUGGCGUUGGCGCAGAGGAUGAGCAGCCUGAGUCCACGGGCGGUCUGCAACACGGUCGAAACGUUUGCGGCGGUCGCCCAUGCGCCACUGGAGCUAAUGGACGCCGUCAUGGCAACGGUGGAGGAACGGGUCGACGAGUUUGAGCCGCGGGACCUUAUUUCUGUGGUCAAGCGGGCGCUCGUGAACAUGGCGUGGUCCUUCGCCGUGGCGGACCACCUCCCCACAAAUGGGCUGUUUGGAAGCAGCUUCGCGGCGGUGCUCAACGCGGCAGAGAACGAGCUAACUCAUGACGAAUGCCACCUGCUGCAUCAGUGGCGCACGUGGGUCUCGGACGAGCGCGGCGUGAUGGAGGCCCUUCCCCGGCCUACCGUAUGCCCCGACCCUGCCGAGUGUGUCGGUCCCAAGAGCGUGAUCGCCGGGUGCCACACAAGCAAGUUCGGAGAGCUGCCGCGCUUGCAACAGCAAAUCGGCGUGGCGCUCGAGCUGCUCGAGGCGGACCCGAUGCAGGACGAGGUGGACGGCGAGACGAGGCACGCCCUCGACUGGGCUGCCUUCCCGCGCAGGUCGUGGUAG